GAUUUAUUAACAUUAAGUUGUUGUUCUAUUGUUAUGAUUAUUUUAAGUCUAGUCUUUCGUAUCGAGGCGAAAGCAACACGCUGCGAGACAGCGCGAGCGUAAACAGUCCUCAGCUUUCUCACAUCCAGCUGCACGAGCGGGACAACAACAGCCGCCCCUCCUCAGAGCCAGAGCGCUGACGCUUUUCUUCUGUUUUUUUUAAUUUAACGCACAGCCAUGAUUCUGACGCACAGGUGAACUUCUCUUCCCUCAACCGCACAGCAGCAACAACUUAACGUGGAGUAAAGUGUUCUCCCCUCUAACCAACCCGAAACUCCUCACUUGAAAAGCUUAAAAGUUGAACUCGGGAGUCAUGUCCAGGAAGAAGGCAGCGAAGGGCAAAGGGACCUCCAAGAGCCCAAAGGCGUCUCCGAGCAGCGGGCGGACAGCGAAGAGUCUGGCCGCAGCCGGCGCUCCGUCCUCGGCUCUGGUCUACCCGAGCAGACCGUCCAUCAGCAACAGCGGCGAGUUUUACGACAUCGCUUUCAAGGUGAUGCUGGUGGGGGAUUCAGGCGUGGGAAAGACCUGUCUGCUGGUCCGCUUUAAAGACGGAGCCUUUUUAGCCGGUAGCUUCAUCUCCACCGUCGGCAUCGAUUUCAGGAAUAAAGUCAUGACCAUCGACAGUGUGAAGGUCAAACUGCAGAUUUGGGACACAGCUGGUCAGGAGCGUUUCCGCAGCGUCACACACGCCUAUUACCGUGAUGCCAACGCUCUGCUGCUUCUGUAUGACGUCACCAACAGAGCGUCCUUUGACAACAUCAGGGCGUGGCUGACUGAAAUUCACGAGUACGCCCAGCAGGACGUUGUGGUCAUGCUGCUGGGCAACAAGGUCGACUCCACACAUGACAGGAUGGUGAAGCGAGAGGAAGGGGAGAAACUGGCCAAGGAGUUUGGAGUGCCCUUCAUGGAGACGAGCGCUAAAUCAGGACUGAAUGUGGAGUUGGCCUUCACCGCUGCGGCCAAAGAGCUGAAGCACCGGACCAUGAAGGAACCAGACGAGCCAAAGUUCCAGCUGCAGGAAUACGUGGACAAAGAAAUGAGGGUCGCUGGCUGCUGCCGGACCUAGACCGCACCCGGUGUGUUGAUCAUGUCGGUACUGAACGCAGUGAAAGAAAGCAGGGAUCUUAUCAUUAUUAUUAUUAUUGAUACUAUUAUUAUCAUUAAACUACACAAUAAGCUAGAGUUUGCGUGUGCCUGGGAAUGACCCUCUUACUUUCUCAGUGACUACAAGGCCAACCUGAUCUCCCAUAACUCACCCAUCUGCUGCAACUGUGAAUGUAAAAUAACUUGUGCAUGUCCACAAACACACACACACACACACACACACACACACACACACACACACACACACACACACACACACACACACACACACACACACACACACAGAUGUUUCAGCUCAGUUCACUGCCUGCAGAAUCUAUGUUGCCCAGAUUUUCAUAUGUGAUGUACAUAUUUUAAAAAUGACAACUCAUUUUGUCUUUUGGGAGCUCUGUGGCAGAAUUCGGUGGUCAUGAUGUUGUAGUUUAUCAAAUCGACAGAAUCGGAUCAAACUCACUGAUGCAGCUAAUCAGCCGUUUCUAAAGUCACUGUGUCCUCUUCUUGUACAGUAUCUAACCUGUUUUAUUGAUAUGUGUGAAACUUGAUCUGAGCCUUCGUCCGUAUUUAUGUGCUCUACAUUUCAUAUUUGAAGACGUGUGAUGAGAUUCGACACUAAACACAUCCAGUUUCUCUGUAAUUUUGACCCCAUAUGAAAUGUAAAGAAGCGCAUCAUCAGCAAAAGACUGUACUCUGCACUUUAUCACAACGACACAGAGGAGAGAGGGGGAUUUCAUGAGAUGUCCAACUUAUUUAUGAUGGCUUCAAAUGCUAUGAGUGUACUUUUAUGGGCAUAAAGUAAAUAACUGGGUAUUCUGUGUAAAGGUUCACUGUAAUAAAAAACGUCUGAUUUCAAACCCCUUUCAUUAACCUCAGUGGAAAUGACUUUUACAUUUCACUUAAUUUACUUUACCUGCCGUUAUGUAACCUGUAGGAUAGACUGGAAUAAAGUCGGCAUCACCUUAAAGCUUAGGCUACGUUCACACAGCAGGUACUGAUCAAUUUUUUUUUUUUUACUUUGAAAGUCCUUUUUUUUUCUUUUUGCGAAAAGAACUUGUACCAUAAAUGAAUUGGGGCCGCAAUCAGACUAAAAUGUGAACUGUUUGUGACCCACCUGCACAGAAAAAGAACUUCUAAUGAAGACGUCGAACAGCAGCGCACCGUUUACCGAGGUAAUAAUAAUAUUAUGGCGCCAUCUAUGGAUCAAUUUUCAAAUUAUUCUGCAAAGGGAGACAACGGUAUUGUCACAGAAUCGUAACAGGAUGAAGUAAGUUAAUAGAAAGAAGUCACAACUAAAGGCAACGGCGUUUAGUAGAGCAUUGAGUGCGACGUCUGUGGAGGAAUCCGAUUGGAUGUGGAGUCAGGAAUAAGAGCGGUGAGAUUGAGAUGCUAUUUCCUGAUGCACACGUCUUUCGUAAUAUCCGAAUUCAAAUCUUCCAUCAUUGCUUACAUCAAAGUUGACCACGUCUGGCUUCUUCUGCUGCAGAAUUAAGACACCAGAAUGACAUCAAAGUUGGAUAAAAUGCGACGUGACCGUUCAGUCUGUGGAUGCCGUGAAAACAAUCUGAUGCACAUCUGGUUUAGCACCACAUGUGGAACAGAUGUGAUGUUUUGUAGGGUGACAGUAUCUGAAUUGGAGCGUUGAGAUGGCGGUGUUUGACGUGGGUCGCAUACGGGCAAAAAAACCAUCCGAUUUGGGUUGGAUCAGGCUGCUGUUUGAACGUAGCCUUGGAGUGCUGUGGGAGUUUCAGUAUGAAGUUCAUGAAAAUACUUCAGAAAUAUCUAUUGUUUGAAUGGCAGAUCCUCUAUCAGAACAGGUUUCUUCUACAUUCCUGUUGGAGACCAACAGCAGACCUCUACUCAUCAGAUGUGGCUAGAUCCCAUGGCAUAUGCCCAUAUCCUUCCUAAAACAAACAAUAUUCACUUGUCGUGAAUCAGAUCACAAUUCAAAUUUGACUCACAAUGCUGGGCAACUGAAAUGAAAGCCAAGGCGUUGGCAGCUGCUUUCAGACCGGCUUUAAGAAUUAUUAAUGUCCAUUACGAUCGUUUCUAGAGUCUUUCAGUUUUUAUAUGUUUGUAGAUUUCUUUUUGUUCCUCUUAGUGGAUGAGAUGAACCUGUAACCAGAAUCCCUGAAGAGAACAGCUGGAGUAUUGAAGCUUCCUCGCUUUAAGGAAUGUUUCUUUCAGCUUUUAUCUCCAGCUGAGUAUUUUCCACGGAUGAAGUGGAUCUUUGUCAAAUCAGUGCUGGAUGACGGUUGAUUUCAAGUUUAAAGACACGUGGCUUUGUUCUUCAGAUGCAUCAGAAAGAUGCCUUCGUGUUUAUUCUUUUCUGAUGAGUAAAGCACUUUUUGUGUACAUGACAGUUUUCUUUUUUUUUCUGAAUCUGAAAGAGGGAAAUAACUUAACUUGUGGUCUUGUAAUUUGUAUCUUGCAAUUAUUUAUAUUGUAAAUUGUGUUCAAGAAUAAAUUCUGUCAGAUUCUUCCUGUGAA